ACCCUGGGCCAAAAUGGGCAAUGCCCCUAUCUGCCCUCAGUACCACCGCAAAACCCAGCACGGGUUAAGUCACCUCCGUGCCCCGCCCCCGCGCCAGGCAGUGAGUCGUAGCCCCGCCUGUAGGGGUUGCUGCGAUGUCUGCGCUCGGCCCGGGAUGCCAGGCUCUGUUCCGUGGACGCCCCCAUCGGGCAGCUGGGGGUCUGCGCGACCCAUGGCCAGAGCCCUCCAGCUCCCGGCUCGCCGCCGCGCUAAGUGCCCGGGCGGCGCGGGGUUCUCCGGGUGGAGGAACGGGUUCUGUGAGGUCAGCGCGCCGCGGCCCGGGUCACAAUGCAGCCCUCCCCCUCGACGCCCGGGCCGGGACGCGCCGCAGACACCUGCCCGGCUCCGCCUGGACCGGAGCGUCCUCCCGCGGCCAGGGCUCCGGCAGCUGCUUCCAGCCUGGGACCGGCCUCGGCCUCCGGCAGAGCGCCCCGGGGCCUGGACAUGAGUGCCCAGGAGCCCCCGCAGGGUCGGAGAUUCCCCAUUGAGGCCGGAGACUCCCCUGGCCUUGCCGCCGCCCCCGAGUCCCAGGACAGCCCGGAGCCCGUAGCUACGGAGCACAACCCGGUCAGGCCGCUUCGACGCUGCCCCGGCUGCCACUGCCUGACGCUGCUGCACGUGCCCAUCGACGUCUACCUGGCCAUGGGCGGGAGCCCCCGGGCCCGCGCCACCUGAGUGCGCCUGCGCACGGCGGCUCCGCGGGAGCCGGGCGGGGACGGGGCCCGCUGCGGGCCACCACGCUGAGGUCGCGCGCGCGCCGAGCACGAGACAAUGAUGCACAUUUUAAAAUAAAAGAAUGAUGCACAUUUUAAUAAAUCACAGCAUAAACUGUUCUUUCCA